CGUGGGGAAGAGGGAUGAAAAGACAAGACCAGGGCUGGAGCUGGGGUGGAAAAGGGGAGGGGGACACUGGCUGCAUUCCCCCGCCCCCAGGAAGCACCUCUAGGCCCUGGACCCCUCGCUCACCCUGGCCCCUAAGACUCCAUCUCUUCUUUGCCUCUGGCCCUCCUGGCUCCUCCUUCUGCUCCCCUUGACUUUUUCCCCUGACAGAUUCUCAAGCAGGACGAUGUUCAGGGCUUGACCCCAAACCCCCAUACCACCUUAUGAAGGUACAACCUUUGCCGGCCCUGCUUCUGCCCCUCCUCAAACCUCACCGCUUUCCCUCUGGGACAGCUCUGAUCCCCCUCCUUCCUCUCCUCCCUCCCCCUGGAAAAAAAAAAAAGGGAAAAAGAAAGCACCAACUCCCCGGGGAGGGGCUGCAGACAGCAGGGGGAGAGGACUGGAAGGAGAGAAGAGGACCUUCGAGGGAAAAGGCUCACAAGUCCCUGGGAGGACAGGGCAUGGGCUUACAGAGAGGAGAGGGGGUACGGGCAGUGGCUGCUCGUGUCCUCUGCCACCCUGCCCACUGUCCAGGGGACUUCAACACAACCGAGGGGACAGGUUUGUGUGGGGUCAGGUCUGAUAGAAGAGAGGAGCAGGAGAAACAAAUCGUUAAAACCUAGCGAAUUCCCCUAAGAAAACAUUUCUUCCUCCUUUCCUUCCGGAGGCUCCUUGGUUGGUGGGGAAAUAGGAGUUGGUGGGAAAAGAGCGGGGAGAGGAGCCUGUACCAGGGAACUCUACUCCAUUCUCCCCUCUCCCCCGCAACCAAGUUGGAGCUCACCAGGGUUGGGAGGGAAGUGGCUGAGAGCUCACAGGCACCCCCUCCGCCCCCGAGAGGGAGCCCACAGCUGUGGGAGGGGCUGCUACUGCUGCUGCUGCCGCUGCUGCCGCCGCCGCUGCCGCCGCCGCCGCUGCUGCC